AUGGCCGGCUACAGUGGGCGUCGUGCACCGAACUUUUCCCAGUAUCUCGAUGAUCUGAACACCAUCCCCUCGCCCUACGACCAGGCUCUGCAGCAACAGCAGCAGCAGCAGGACACUAUCAACUUUGACGAGGAGUUGGCUGUCUUUACCAAUGCUGAAUUCUUCGAUUUCGAUAAGUUCGCCAACUUGGACCUGCCUACUUUCGAUGGCUUGGAGGACAAGAACACUCAGGUUGUGUCUGAGCAGCAAACACAAAACGAGGAUAUGAAGUUCAUGGACUUCUUGAAUACCGAUGGCUUGGCCACUAUCACCGACUUCCAGAACGACCUCAAUGUCAACUCCCAGUCCAUGCCUGUUCAGAACACAUCCUACCAAAAUAUCCCAUCCGUGCCUCAGAUUGCCCCUCAAACUGCCAUGACUCCGGCUGCGCCCUUGACUACCCACCAAAAUGUGGCUCCCGCUCCCGCUCCCGCUCCCGCUCCCGCUCUCGUUCCCGCUCCCAACAUGUCCGCUGCUACCUCUGGUGCCGCCGCCGGCCCCAAGCGCAAGCACACUCAGAAGUCCACCCAGGCUAGCGCUGAAGAGGCUGCACGCAACAUUGCCGAAGAGGACAAACGCCGACGCAACACCGCCGCCAGCGCUCGUUUCCGCGUCAAGAAGAAGAUGCGCGAGCAGGCUCUUGAGAAGACCCUCAAGGAAACCACUGACAAGAAUGACGCUCUUGAGGCCCGCGUCUCCCAGCUCGAGCUUGAGAAUCACUGGCUUCGCGGUUUGAUCAUGGAGAAGAACGGCAACGAGGAGCGCGACGAGCAGGCCGAGAAGGCCAUCUCUGACAUGUUCAAGGCAUUCAUGGCGUCCCGAAAGACCGAGUCAAGUCCUUUCGCGUCCAAGCUCGGCGUUGGCACUAGUGCAUAA